AAACGUAAUUAGGAGUUUCCUUUCAGUUUGUCAACAUUGGACAUCGGUAAUGAUUUGAAAUUGGAAAAUCGUUUAGUCGAUUAAAACAUCAGCUGAGUUUAUUGGAAAGCACCCGAUGUAUGGUGUCACAUGAUGUCAGUUCAACAACAUGGACGGAGUUCGGAUAUUUCUCAGCCAAGUUGGUUUAAUCGAAUAUUAUGACAUUUUUAUGGCAAAAGGAUUUGACAAGGAGGGUGACAUUUGCUAUUUGAAUGAUGAAGAUUUGAACACCAUGUACAUAAUUGAUGCCAAAGAUAGACAGACGAUUCUACAUGCAGCUCGCCACUACGAACCGAGCAAGCAGUACCGGCUUCACGAGUGGCUGCAUGGGUCUGGGCUGGAGCACUACUUCGAGAGCUUCCUGCAGAGCGACCUCUUGGAUCUCGCCGCCGUUGCGCGCCUCCAACUUCCUGAUGAGCAACUGUACGACGAGCUUGAGAUUACUCUGCCGGGACACAAGCGACGUCUAGAGCGCGCAGUUAAACAGCUUGUCCUAAUGCACACUACCGAGCUUCCGGUCAUUGUUUCCGAGGUCUCCUGUGACGUUAUGUCUAAGAACAGUGACGUCAUAAGAAGCUCGUGCAUUUCAUCGACACCACCUGAAGUGGCGGUUGCAUUUGGGAGGUGGGCAAAGCCUUUCUGCCUUAGAGACGCUAAGUACGACUUCCUGUUACUGAACGCUACCGUCGUGUCCACCCUGGACUCUCGAGACCGCGUGGAUAUUGAAUUCAUGGUAGAUUCCGGAAGUGACGUUGUAACACUGCGACAGACUGUGCUCGAUACACUGGACUUGGAACUGAUUGGACCGAUUAACAGCAAGGGUGUGCACGCUUCACGUGUGAAGAACCUUUACAAGGCAAACAUACUCAUCGGCAAUACAUCACUUGAAAUUGAAGUUAUUGGUGAAAGCUAUGAUUCAAUUGGUAGUCGCGUUAUACGUCACUUCCGUCACUUCAUUUCCGGUUCCCAGCAUGUAUGGCUGAAAGGCGAUUAUUUAGACCCAACACUGAAAUCAGAAGAGAUUAAGCCGGUCUCCAUUUCUGAAUGUAUAUCAAGUGAGAGUUCUAGUAUUGAAUGGGACGAAUCAACUAGUGCGCUAACAAAGGAAACAACCGACACAGAUGUAGACAAGAACGAAGAUAGUGAAAAAGCAGAACACAUCGAUGACUUAGUAAAGUCUGAUUCAGUACCUAAAAUUAUCAGAGUAAUACCAAACCCUAUUUCAGAAAUUAAAGGUAUUCAGAAACCAGGCCCGUUCGAGUUCAAAGGCUUUGAAAACGAAAAUGGGGUAAACAGUACGGACCAAUCUCAAGAGGAGAUAGAUGAAACAGACAAGUUCAUUUCCGAUUCUUCCGACGUCAUUGAUAUCGGACCAAUCAUUGCUGAGAAUAGGAAAAGGCAUGCGCAGAACAGUAACUUUUCAAAUCGGAAUUCUCUGUCGCCGGAUAGAGCUCUUGGGAAGGUGGUUAAGAGAAGCAGACGAUCUCCGGCCGUAGAAAAACGCGCCAAAUUGGAUGCCGCGAUUUCCGAAAAGUGUAAAGUCCGAACUAUUCUCAAUCAACGCUCCGUAUUUUAUCAUUGCCAGGAUUCUCAAAACAGAUAACAAUUUAAAGCAAUAUUCACAAUUAUAUCACGUUGUUGUGAUUUUUUUUAUUGCAUUUGUAUUUUUUAAAUUAUAAUGUGUUUGUAAGAAAUAUUUUAUUUACUUAUAAAAUUGGACUAAUCGUAGAACAGUUUCUGCUUAAGAUUCACGUUAACAUCUCAGGAAGUUAGCGGUCAACCACACAGGGUUCCCUGCCAACCUGGAAAUCAGGGAAAACCUGGAAAAAGACUUUCACUUUUUCCAGUCAGGGAAAAGUCAAGGAAUUUGGGAAAAGUUCCCGAAAUAAGGGAAUUUUGUUUUGUCAGACUUUUCGACUUGUGUCGAGAAGUCCAUACAAUUAAAACAGCAAAUCGUUUCCUCUGCAUGGCUAUGGUCAAUAAUGGUGGCUUUGUAGUAUACAUGUAGCUUAGUUAUGUAUGCAACUGCUAUUUAUUGAGGGUGUCUUAAACAAGAAAUAGGUCGAAAUUAUGAUCCUGGAAUUUUGUUUAUCCAAAAAGCUGAGAACCCUGCCACAUGAAAAGCAGUUUACAUGUCCGUUUUCUGCAAAAUUAUGGAAAUUAUGAUAUUGUCCCGAAUGGUCUACGUCUUUUACUCAAUGUCAAUGUAGGUAACUUAACUCAACUUAACUUGAGAAUGACAUGAUCAUCUUGUUACAGAAGUUUACUAUUGCAAUUUGUGAGAGAGUUCGAGCUGACCAUCUGCAGCGGACAAACAACACUGAACAAUCUUUACAACAUGAACUAUUUAAAAAUGAUUUCAAUAAAAUGCAGAAUGAUAUUUUCAAGGAAACAGAAGAAAAACAGGUUCAAUUAGAUAAAAAACAUAAACAAAAAUUUAAGUUACUGAGACACGAACGCUCUAAACAUCUUCAAACAGAAAGCGAACAAAGCGAACGAAACAUCACUAAUUUACACGAUGGAAUAGUAAAAACGGGGAAGGACCUGAUUCACAGUGUAUAAACCAAUUGUAUCAUACCCGGAUGUUGCGAUAUGAUUGCCAUGGCGUUACGGCAAUAUUUACAGACCGCUGUUAAUUUUGAUACAAAUCCAUGGAUUAAUACUGCAAACAAGUAAGUAAACUCUGUACUUUAGAUGUCGUAGAGAAUAAAGUUUCCCUUGAUAACGUAUAAAUCCGCUUCGAAGAAGUUGUUGUUUAUGAAAACAUUGAAAAUCACCGAAGAAAACUGGAAAAAAACAUGUUGCUCUAUGCCAAAAUAUCAUUUUUUGUCUAAAAUCUGUUUUGAAAUAUACAUAUUUGUGUAUGUAAUAUAUUGCAAUUGAAGUCAAAUAACUGUUAUGAUACAUAUAAUCUAUCGGCAUUUUGAAAAUACUAAGAUAUUGAUUAAAAUAAAGAAGAUGUUUUUUUUAAAUGAUUAUCAUACAGCGAUGCUGUAUCAUUGAUUGCGAUUACAUUAUAUGCAUUCAAUUGCUAUAAAUCUAUGCCGAUUUUGCAUCUUUGAUUGGUCGAAUAUUCACACAUGUCACAAAUAUGGUUAACUGAAGAGAUUAAACUUAUUCCAGA